UGUUAUUCAUUAAUUGAUCUAGCAUCUAGUGAAAAUGAAACCGAGGAUGAUGAAAGUAAUGAAGAAGAUGGAGAAGAUAAUUAUGAUGAUGAAGAUGAAGAUGAAGAUGAUAUAAGUGAUAUAUAUGAUGAAGAAAGUAAUUCUUCAGCACUUAAACGAGUUAAAAGAGAUGAAAAGAAAGCAGCAUGUGGCUUAUGCGUAGGAGUUGGCAGUUUUAGCGAUCCACCGGAAAUUCCAGGCAUGGCACAUUUUCUCGAACAUAUGGUUUUCAUGGGAUCAGAAAAAUAUCCACAAGAAAACGAUUUUGAUGCAUAUAUCAGUAAGCGUGGUGGUUUUACUAAUGCUUCGACGGAUUGCGAGCAUACAACAUUUUACUUUGAUAUUCAAGAAAAACAUUUAUUAUCAACUCUCGAUCGUUUUGCUCAAUUUUUUAUUAAACCUUUAAUGAAGAAAGAAGCCAUUACACGAGAACGAGAAGCUAUAGAAAGCGAGUUUCAGUUGGCUUUACCUAAUGAUGAGAAUAGAAAAGAACAAUUAUUCUCCUCUUUUGCACAAACUGGUCAUCCAGCUAGCAAAUUUGUUUGGGGCAAUUUAGUAACAUUGCGCGAUAAUGUGCAUGAUGACAAAUUAUAUGAAGAGUUACACAAAUUCAGAGAGCGUCAUUAUAGCGCUCAUAGAAUGAGACUGGCUGUACAAGCGAGAUUGCCGCUAGAUACAUUGGAAAAAUAUGUCACAAUGUGCUUUGCUGAUGUACCAAACAAUGGAUUGCCUCCUAGUAAUUUUAUUGAAUUUAAAGGUGGUGUUUCUUUUGAUACUCCUGCUUUUCGAAAAAUAUAUAAAGUUAAGCCUUUCAAAGAUGUCAGUCAGGUAUGCGCCUAAAAUUGUUUGUGACGAAUUAGUUUAUGAUAUUAAUAAGCUGCAUAGAAAUAUUUUAUUUAACUUAAUAAUACUAUAGGCAAAAAUUAUUUCUUUUUUGUGGAAA